GUAUAUACCAUUGUACCAGUACCAAGUAUACCAGCCAUAUGAUCGCUGUGAUGAUCGCGUACAGUCGACCAGCAGUUGACAACAGUUGCAAACAAAAUUUUUAGAAAUACCAGUAAAACAAGUAUUUACAAUGGAACUGGAUACAUCUUCCGUAAUAGACAAUGAAGAAUCUUUUUACGCAAAUGCUGUACAGUAUUGGUCUGAAAUUCCCGCGACUAUCGAUGGAAUGUUGGGAGGUUUUGGAUGUAUAUCACAAACUGAUAUUAGGGACUCUAAGUUAUUGUUAAAACAAUUAUUUAAUUCAAAAGAGCCCCCGCAGAAAGCAUAUGCAUUAGAUUGUGGUGCAGGUAUUGGUAGGAUUACAAAACAUCUACUUACAGAAUUUUUUGAUAAAGUCGAUCUCGUUGAGCAAAAUCCACAGUUUUUAAAUCAAGCCAAACUUUAUAUUGGACCAAAGCUACAAACGAAAAUAGAGAACUACUAUUCUGUUGGGCUACAGAGUUUUGUACCUGAAGAAAACAAGUAUGACGUUAUCUGGAGUCAGUGGGUUCUAGGGCACCUAACUGAUUCAGAUCUCAUAGAAUUUUUAAAGUCUUGUCAAAAAGGUUUAAAACCAAAUGGAGUCAUCAUAAUUAAAGAAAAUAUUUCCUCAACCAAUGAUAUUGAUAAGGAUGAGCAAGAUUCAUCAGUAACACGACCAUUAUCCUUGUAUCGUAAAAUAUUCACAACAGCGGGGCUAGAUUGCCGGAGGCAAGUGAAACAGAGAAAUUUUCCAAAAGGCUUGUAUACCGUUUACAUGUUUGUUUUAAAACCUCUACCAAACAACACAUACACAAAUAUGCAGUAAACAUAAAUCAAACAUGUUUUUGUACCUGACCAACAGCUCAUUUGCCUUAAUAAAGAAAUAAAAACAAAAA